AAAUGUCACUGCGUCUGGUCACACCGUCUGUGUCACAAAACCAAUUGUUUGCGUGUUCAUAGCGGAUUUUAAUCUUAGUUGCCGGCACAGAUUAACUGACUUAAAAACCAAGGAUAGGAUAAGCUAAACUGGGCAAUACAAGAUGCAGCACGGACUACUCCUAGCGGGAUUGGCGCUAGUCAUCAGCCUUCUCAACGGUGCCGCAACGGAAUCUAACGUGGUCACCUGCGGCUCCAUCCUGAAGCUCCUUAACUCCGACUACUCUUUCCGCCUGCACUCCCAUGACGUGAAGUACGGAUCCGGAUCUGGCCAGCAGUCAGUGACGGGCGUGGAGCAAAAGGAGGACGUGAACAGCCACUGGGUGGUCAAGGCCCAGACCGGAGAGCUAUGCGAACGGGGCGAGCCCAUUGCCUGUGGAUCCACCGUGCGAUUGGAGCACCUGACUACCAAAAAGAACCUGCAUUCACACCACUUCUCAUCGCCGUUAUCUGGCGAGCAAGAAGUGUCCGCCUACGGAACGGAUGGACUCGGUGACACCGGAGAUCACUGGGAGGUGGUCUGCUCAAAUGACAACUGGAUCAGGAGUGCACACGUUCGACUGCGCCACAUCGACACCGGCAUGUUUCUGGGCAUGUCUGGUCGCUCAUAUGGCAGACCCAUCUCCGGGCAAAUGGAGAUCGUGGGUUUGUACAAGCCACAGCACGGAACACGAUGGACCACGGCGGAGGGCCUCUUUAUAGUGCCCAAAGAGAAGAGUUCGACGCACGAUGAGUACGCCCACACUGAGCUGUAGUGCAGAUAAGGCACCUCGACUGGUCUAGUUCGGUACUACUAUUAGUUCAGUAAUUUAUAAUUUAGUUGAAUUUUUAUGUGAAGCGAUAACAUGUUCAUUUUGUAUUAGACCCACAAAGCAAACCAACAAAUUAAAAUUAUUUAAAUUCAGGGAAAUAAGAAA